UCCUUCCUGGAAUGAGCGAAGAAAAACAUAUUUGCUGCCAAGAAAUUUCUAUACCUACAAAUAAUUAAGAUAUAAACAUUCUGCAUGGUUAUAGCAAACUACCAGUCAAUUGGUAACCAAACUCCUCACAUUGACAGGCAGGUAUCAGAAGACUCACCGGUGAGGAUCGUGAAGAAGGCAUACAUCAGGUAAAAGGUUGAGUUUUGACGUUUGACAUGGAGAUGAAAUCGGUCAAAGCUGAGAAUAAAGGGAAAAAGCUGGAGAAUGCAGAACCUCUGAGGGACGACUGUGACCAUAUCAAUGACUCCGACGUCAUCCUCGAAAAAGCACAAGUGAUUCACGUCCAGUGGCUUGGUGGCAAAACAAUUCCGAUCAGUGUGGUGAGCUCAGACACCAUUGCAACAAUGAAAGAUAUGAUUCAGGACAAGUUAGGGAUACCAUCCUCGAUGCAGAAACUCAAAUUCGAAAACCAACUGCUCGAAGAUGGGAAAACCGUAGCGGAAUACAGAAUUCGGGGCACGAUUUACUUGAUCAUCAAUUUAAGAGGUGGAGGCAACUCAGCUGGUCCAAAUUGCGGCGGAAUGCAGAUUGUUGUGAAAAGGCAAAAUGGAGGUGGGCGUCCUGAUACUGAUACUGACAUUAGUCUGGAGGUUAAAAAUUCUGAUACGAUACAGAAGGUGAUGAGCAAUGUGAAAACAUCCGCAGGUAUUCAUCCAAAAGACAAGAGUUUUUACCUGGAAUUUAAUGGAAAGAGGCUCACCAAUCCUAAUAGAACCCUUAGUGAAUGCAACAUCCGCGACAGAGCAACACUUCAUCUCACCCGAAUUAGGAUUGGAUCUUCCUCCUCAAUUCCACCGUCUGGAAGAAAUUGAAUGCUAAGUGAGUACAAGAUAAGCAGUGUACGUAGGGAUCUGCUACCAAUAAAAUAAAUGCUUGAGCAGGGCCUGUUGGAAGCAUUGGGAGCAUGAAAACUUAUACACAGUUUGUAAAGGUUUUCUUUAUCU